GAGCUUGCCGUCCCCAUUUACGAAAAAGACGCAUCGCGGAAUUUUCUAGCUGUGCGUCUGUGAAUAUUUUCUCUCUUUCUACCGUGAGGAAGAAUUUUCAAAGUCAAAGAGGAAGAAAGUGUGUUCCAAUAAUAACACAGCAGCAGCUUCCCCCGAAUAUCCCCCACCCUCUCUAUGAUCGCCUAAUCUUCUUUAAUUAUCUUCCCCAAACCCCUUCUUUGAUUUUAAUUUUUUUUUCACUUUCCAAAUUCCAACAUUUUCCAUUCUUUUCUUCAAAUCUCUUCUUCUUUUAAUCUUUGCGACUUAAAAGUAGAGAAGAAAGACUCUUGUGAAGUGAUGAACGCGUCGUCAAGCGCUGCAGGAGCUGGAUCGGCCGAUUCGACUGCACCUAGAAGGAAUUCCAAGCGUCCAAAGUAUUCAAGGUUUACUCAACAGGAGCUUCCAGCAUGCAAACCGAUACUUACUCCUAAAUGGGUGAUCGGAACAUUCUUGCUUGUUAGUGUUAUCUUUAUUCCCAUUGGUGCCGUAUCCCUCUUUGCCUCUCGAGAUGUUGUAGAAAUUGUUGAUCGGUAUGAAACGGAUUGUAUUCCCCAAACUUCGAGAAAUGACAAGGUUGGAUUUAUUCAAAGCAAUCAAAGCAAAAUUUGCCAAAGAACUCUCAGGGUUCCAAAGAAUAUGAAGCAGCCGAUUUAUGUAUAUUACCAGCUCGACAAUUUCUAUCAAAACCAUCGGAGAUAUGUGAAGAGCCGAAGUGAUCAGCAGCUGAGGAAUAAUGGAAGUCUGCAGGAGACAGAUGCCUGUAAGCCUGAGGACACCACACCUGAUAGGGCGCCUAUUGUUCCCUGCGGUCUUAUAGCAUGGAGUCUGUUUAAUGAUACUUAUGAAUUUACUCGAAAUAACCAACAACUUAAUGUGAACAAGAGAGGAAUCUCGUGGAAGAGUGAUAGGGAACACAAAUUUGGUAAAGAUGUAUUCCCAAGAAAUUUUCAGAAUGGAACCCUGAAAGGUGGGGCCACUCUUAAUCCAAAUAUAUCAUUGAGCGAGCAGGAGGACCUCAUUGUUUGGAUGCGAACUGCUGCACUUCCUACUUUCAGGAAAUUGUAUGGGAAAAUAGAAGUUGAUCUUCAACGUGAUGAGCUCAUAAACGUGACAUUGGAGAACAAUUACAAUACUUACAGUUUCAGUGGCAAGAAGAAACUAGUUCUUUCUACCACAAGCUGGCUAGGGGGAAAGAAUGAUUUUGUUGGUAUUGCAUAUCUCACUGUUGGUGGACUAUGCUUUUUCCUGGCCUUGGUUUUCCUACUUAUUUAUCUAAUUAAACCAAGGCAACUUGGAGAUCCUUCUUAUUUGUCAUGGAACCGGAACCCGAGCGGUCACUAAAGUUAUAGCUGAUAUUUGCUAUCAAAAUCUGAUAGAGCCUUGGAUCUCUAGACCAGUUAGCUUUGGGCAAGAUGUGUGUAUAAACCUGGAUAAGAGCCGUUUGGAACAUUUGAUGCAUAUACGUUGUAUGAGUUGAAUUUAUGCUAGUCAUGUAAAUCUACCCAAUUCUAUUUAUCGAUUGUCUUGUUUAUUCCA